AUGGCUUUCGACCCUUUUGACGAAAUCCUUGAACUCGAGAACGACUACUACAGAGAAGGUUAUGACGCUGGAGUAGCCGACAGCAGAUAUGCUGGCAUGAUUGAAGGUAAGGUGUUUGGCAUUGAGAAGGGCUACGAGAAGGCUAUUGAACUCGGCAAACUUCAUGGACGAGCCCUUGUCUGGCAAAGUAGAUUUCUGCAGCAGGAAUCCAUACACCCAAACCCACAACAAGAACCUCUGAAAGCUCCGAGGCCCAGGAGUGCUCAAAAAUUGGACGAAAGCGUCAUGGCUCUUCGCCAGCUCUCGACCACUACACGGCUGCGGAGGCACGUCGAUGGUUUGCAGUCCGUUACCGACGGCAGAACCCUGGCACGAGAUAAUUCAGACGAAGCGGUGACGGAGUUUGACGACCGAAUUACCAGGGCUAGUGCCAAAGCGAAGGUCAUCGCCAACACAGUUGGCGAAUCACUGAAUCCUGCAACCAGCACCAGGACCGGAAUUGAAGACGCUACAGGACUUCAGGCAAGGCAUUAG